ACAAGUAACGCUUGGCCAUUGCCACCACCGAUCCAUUGCUCGCGGAAAAGAUCGAGAGCGAGAACGAUGGCGGCUUCCGUGACGGCGUGGGCGAAACCGGGCGCGUGGGCGUUGGACGCCGAGGAGCACGAGGCGGUCAUGGCCAAGAACGAAGACUCCUCCUCGGAGGCGCCGACGGAGCAGGAGCAAGACUUCCCCUCCCUCACCGCCGCCGCCGCCUCCAGGAUCCCCAAGAAGAAGAAGAAGGCGCAGACUCUCUCCCUCGCCGAGUUCACCACGGGCAAGCCCGUAUCCCACGGCGCCGCUGGCCGCCUAUCCUCUUCCUCCUCCUUCUCCUCCAAGGGUCUCACCUCCGACGAGCUCCUCAACCUCCCCACCGGUCCCCGCGAGCGAUCCGCUGAGGAGCUCGAGCGCUCCUCCUCCCGCGGCUUCGGCUAUGGCUACGGCGCCCGCGGCCGGGCGUCCGGGGAGGACCCCAACCCCGCACGCUGGGGCUCGUCUAGGGUUUCGGACGAGCCGAGGAGGGGUGGGUUUGGCGGAUCUGGCGAUGGAUCUAGCCGGGAUCUGGAGCCGUCUCGCGCUGACGAGAACGACGACUGGGGGGCGGGCAAGAAGCCCUUGGUGCCGGAGAGGAGGGAGAGGGGAGGAGGAGGGGGGUUCUUUGACUCGCAGUCCCGGGCCGACGAAUCGGACAGCUGGAUCUCGAGCAAGAGCACUGCAGCGCCCCCGAUCGGGCGGAGAAUCGGUGGCGGCGGAUUCGAUGUGCCCAGGGCGAGGAUGGGUGGUUUCGAGAUGUUUAACAAGGAGGGAUCCAACGGCGGUGGAGCCGACUCCGAACAAUGGGGAAAGAAGAAGGAUCUCCCGGAUUCCGACACAUGGAAGAGGGACGAGGAAAGAAGCAGCGGCGGCGGAAGGCGUAGGCUUGUGUUGCAGGCCCGCUCGCUGCCGUUGUCGAAUGGAAACGAUGGAGGGCAAGCCCAAGAUCAGGAAAAAGAAUCUACCGAGAAGAAGAGCAAGGGUUCGAAUCCGUUUGGAGCAGCUCGUCCGCGAGAAGAGGUAUUGGCGGAGAAGGGGCAGGAUUGGAAGAAGAUUGACGAGAAGCUGGAGGCCAUGAAGAUCCGUGAUAUCCCUCCUGAAAGGUCUUCUUUUGGCAAGAACGGAAUUGGGGUGGCGAAUGGGACUCGUAGGUCCCCUGAGAGCCGCACAGAUAGGGCUUGGAGGAAGCCGGAGGCAGCUGAGGCUUCUCCUCAGAGGGAAGACAAGGCUGAGAACACAGUUCCUGAAAACUGAAUUUAUACAGGCGAUGGCCUUAGGAGCAAAAGAUUCAUCAAACUUUUGGGCCAUCUUAUUUGUUGUCAUCAUGAGGGCAUUGGUUUCUGGAAUUCUUCAAAAGUCGACAGUUUUGGUAGACAAGUCAGUUAAUUGAUUGUUUUGUAGUGGAAUGAGAAUGGUGCAUCUGGAUCUCCAGUCAUUACUGCAUUUUUCUUGGGUUCUUGGUGCUUGGAGAUUUUGUGUCAAUUGACAGUCUGAAGAUGUCAUCUGUGUUGUUUAAUUCUGAACUGCCAUACAAUAUUGACAUUUGUGUUGUUUAGGGAAACUUGAUGCUACUGGAUUCUGUUUCAAUUAUUAUUUACUUGAUGCA